GUGAUAUAGCGCGACCAAUCUGGCGAGUUUUCUGGCCGGACGCAGCUCAUGCUUUGCUGAAGAGCGUGGCUUCAACCGCUCCAGGCUUUUUUCUUUUACCAAUUAUCUCCGACCGGCGCACGGGACGAUGAACGCCCUCUGGAACAUGAUAACUCAUUAUCUACCCUCUGUACGCAUCCACAACGAUCUCGAAGACGGCCUCCUUUCAGACUACGACGGCUCGGAAACCUACGAGCUUCCCACGCAUUCUCGCGACCCGCGCACGCUGGCGCGACCCACCGGUCCUCUUCCUCUUACGGACAUCGUAGUACCAGACUCGGACGGUCGAAUGGUCAUUCAAUCCCAAACGAGGAAGAGCGUAGAGCAUCGGCGGGAGUCGUGGUACCACGUCGAGAGGGCGCAGGCGAACAAAGAGAAGGAGCUCGAAGCGGAACAGCUCAGGACACAGGUUCAAUCUCUGCAGCGCCAGCUGAUGGACCUUCGUUCCGACCUUUCGAGCACAAAGGGCGCGCUCGAGUUCCAACGCAGAUCCGUAACCCACCUCCUCUCAGAAACAAACACACUCCAAUCACACCUAUCACAAUCCGAACAAGCCUAUAGGUCUCAAUCCGCAGAACUCGAGCAACUACGGUCAUCCUACGCGGACCUUUCUUCAUCAGCCCACACCGGCACUAACUCUGGAGUCGAUGCCACCGCCAUUAGUGCAGAGCUCGCCUCUCUCAAAUCUUUCCUGAAUCGCAUAGACGACUAUACCGGCUCCCAGAUCCUCCAAGCCGUCCAGGAUCUCAAUACCGAGAUUGUACAGUUCGCCGCAGCCGUUUCGGAGGAGUACCCCUUAGGCCACGGUGGCGGUGGCGCAGGUGGCGGUGGGCUAUGGAGAGAGAGUGACCGAGAAAUCGUUAGGAGGGCAAUAGGAGAGGGUAUGUGCGACCUGGUGAAAGAUGGAGAUCAUGAACAGGAUCCGACGGUUGUACAGCUCGCUAUCCAGGCUUGGGAGGUCUCGUGCUGUCGACAGAUAUUCGAAGCGUUCUGUUGGGGCAUUCCUCCUCAGGUGGAUCAGUUUUUGAGUGAGGUUUUCCGGGAAAUGCAAAUCACGGAACCGCAAGCCAUGACUUCGCGUUGGCGAGCCCUCACUCAUAUGCACGCACGCACAACCCUCCUCAACCCACCUCUCUCACUCGCCAUUCCACACCAUGCCACCGCUUAUACUAACGGAUUCUCCGCGACCGAAUCCACCUGCCCUUCCAUUCCACCAUCGCCCCUCGCUUCCUUCCCCGCACCAACGGCCUACCCUACACCCUACUCGACGACUAAUAACACCCCAGCUAUGCUUCCCCCACCCCUUCCGCAUCAAAUCUCGCCAAGCACCUCGUCCCAAUCACACUCCCUCGGAAGCCCCCAACGCGUCCCUCUACCUCACCAACUCCGAAUCCGACUCUCGCAGUCCUCCUCCGGAGAUCCUUCACCACUCACCUCCACCUCCGACAAAGCCCCACGACACUUCGCAUCACCUAUGACGCCCUCGAACUCACAGGGCAGCAACUACUCUGCUCCGGGGUUCUCCGUGCCCAGUGCGGCGCCACCGACGAUGAUGACGAGCUCGCGAUCACAACAUAUCAACUCGAACCUCCGUGGUAUACUCGCUUUGCUCGCUCUGGCGGGUUGUACCGACGAACGAGGUAUUCAUCGUGAUCCGCUGCGCGAAAGGUGGACUGAGCAGGUGGAGAGGUUGUUGGAGAGGGCGGAGGGGCUGGCUCGGAUCAUCCGAGAGGGUGUAGGAAGCGCAUGGUUCGAAGUUUCGGUGGAGAGUGGGCCGCCUUUGAUGAAGGAUGGUGAGAGUAAUCUCAACGGGGCUGGUAUCAGGACGAAGGGCAUGAGGAAGACCUCGAGCGCAGGAAAGAUCAAUGGAGUGAAUGGCGUCAACGGCGUCCAUGGGUCCACCCCGAAUGGUAACAGUAAGGGCAAGGAGAGGGUAGCUGAGGAGGAUAGGGAGCCGUGGCGAAGGAUGUAUAAUCCUGUGGAGAUGGAUAACGUCUAUGCUGGCUACGGAGACGAAAACUCCAGGGUUCUGUGUACAGUCGAAUUUGGACUCACGGUCGUCAAGAAGCGGAAUCCAAUGUCGUCUUCAUCACCCGAGGACCGCAACGACGUUCAUGCCAAUGGUGCGGGGCUCAACGGAAUCCAUGGAGGAAAGGAUGGGAACGGAGAGACCGCGAAAAGUAUGGAGGAGAAGAGGAAGGAGGUGCUGGAUAUGACGAUGUUGCUGAAGCCAAAGGUUCUCUUGGAAAGUGUGAAGGAUCUUCUAUGAGUUGAGCAUGGUUAUGGCCUGUGCCAAUAGCGCGAUCGGAUGGCAGGAACGCUUGAGGUCUUUCACCUUCGAUCCCCAUCUAUGAACAUCUGGUGACCUUCACCAACGUCGCUCAUGGUAUAGUGCUACGUCUGAAAUAGCCAUCCAGCGGUCAUCUUUCAUACACACCUUCUUUCUUGCGCCACACAAAUAUAUCUUACUCACUUCCGCUCUUCUUUGCCUCCCUCCUCCCUCUCCAUCCAUCCUUUCUCGUUUCAUACCACUCACGUCGACGACUCAUCUCGACGCCCAUGUAUCCUGUACUUGUACCCCAUACCUCCGUGUUCUCACGACAAAAACACGCCCUCACGAUCAUGAUCAAUCGCUUCACCGCCAGGUUCUAUGACGCAGGUCUCCCCCCUCCCCUCUCAUAUCUUCGCCAUCGUCUAUAUUAUUUAUGUACUCUAGUAUCGAU